CUUAUGGAAGAGAUGGAAGAGGAGCUUAAGUGCCCGGUUUGCGGUUCUUUUUACAGGGAGCCCAUUAUUCUGCCUUGUUCGCACAGUCUGUGUGUGGCAUGCGCCCGUAACAUCCUGGUACAGACUCCUGACUCCGAGUCCCCGCAGAGCCGCCGCGCCUCGGGGGUGUCCGACUAUGACUACCUCGACCUGGACAAGAUGAGCCUAUACAGUGAAGCGGACAGCGGAUAUGGCUCUUACGGAGGCUUCGCCAGCGCCCCCACUACCCCUUGCCAGAAAUCCCCCAACGGGGUGCGGGUGUUCCCUCCGGCCAUGCCCCCUCCUCAGCCCCACCACCACUCAUCUGGCGCUUUGCUAUUGCCCCACGGCCCCCGCAAUUCCUGCAUCACUUGCCCGCAGUGCCACCGGAGCCUCAUCCUGGAUGAGAGGGGCUUGCGCGGUUUUGCUAAGAACCGGGUCCUGGAGGGGGUUAUUGAGCGCUACCAGCAGAGCAAGGCGGCAGCUCUGAGGUGCCAGCUAUGUGAGAAGAGCCCUAAGGAGGCCACGGUCAUGUGUGAACAGUGUGAUGUUUUCUACUGCGAGCCCUGCCGCUUGCGAUGCCAUCCGCCACGGGGUCCUCUGGCCAAGCAUCGACUGCUGCCCCCGGCACAGGGAAGGGUGAGCAGGAGGCUCAGCCCACGCAAGAUCUCCACCUGCACCGACCAUGAAUUGGAGAACCAUAGCAUGUACUGCGUCCAAUGCAAGAUGCCAGUCUGUUACCAGUGUCUGGAAGAGGGCAAGCACUCCAGCCACGAGGUCAAGGCUCUGGGGGCCAUGUGGAAGCUGCAUAAGAGUCAACUUUCCCAGGCUCUGAAUGGACUGUCAGACAGGGCCAAAGAAGCCAAAGAGUUCCUGGUUCAGCUGCGAAACAUGGUCCAGCAAAUCCAGGAGAACAGUGUGGAGUUCGAAGCCUGCUUGGUCGCCCAGUGUGAUGCACUAAUUGAUGCACUGAACAGAAGGAAGGUGCAGCUUCUCGCCAGAGUGAACAAGGAGCACGAGCACAAACUGAAAGUUGUACGGGAUCAGAUUUCUCACUGCACCGUGAAGCUGCGCCAGACCACUGGACUGAUGGAAUAUUGUUUGGAAGUCAUUAAAGAAAAUGAUCCUAGUGGAUUUCUUCAAAUCUCUGAUGCACUUAUUCGGAGAGUGCACCUGACUGAAGAUCAGUGGGGGAAAGGAACACUCACGCCAAGGAUGAACACAGAUUUUGAUCUAAACCUGGAUAGUGCACCUCUUCUGCAGUCCAUUCAUCAACUUGACUUUGUACAAAUGAAAGUUCCCUCUCUAGUACCAGCUCCACCAAUCUUACAAAUGGAAGAAUGUUGCACCCAUAACAACAGUGCCACGUUGUCAUGGAAACAGCCUCCCAUGUCCAUGGUGCAAGCUGAAGGAUAUAUUCUGGAGCUAGAUGACGGCAAUGGCGGUCAGUUCAGGGAAGUGUUUGUUGGGAAAGAGACAAUGUGUACAGUGGAUGGGCUUCAUUUUAAUAGCACUUAUAAUGCUCGAGUCAAAGCCUUUAACAAGGCUGGGGUUAGCCAGUACAGUAAGACGCUGGUCCUGCAGACAUCUGAAGUUGACAUUAAUAAACUGGUGCCAGUUGCCUGGUUUGCAUUUGACCCGGGUUCAGCACACUCAGACAUCAUCUUCUCCAAUGACAACCUGACCGUCACAUGUAACAGUUAUGACGACAGGGUGGUGCUGGGAAAAACUGGCUUUUCCAAAGGGAUCCACUACUGGGAGCUGACAAUUGACCGGUAUGAUAAUCACCCUGAUCCAGCCUUCGGUGUGGCUCGUAUAGAGGUGAUGAAAGACGUCAUGCUGGGGAAAGAUGACAAAGCAUGGGCUAUGUACGUGGACAACAACCGCAGCUGGUUCAUGCAUAACAACUCACACACCAACAGGACUGAAGGGGGCAUCACAAAAGGAGCAACCGUUGGAGUCCUUUUGGACUUUACCCGUAGAACCUUGACAUUUUCCAUAAAUGAAGAACAGCAGGGCCCAAUUGCGUUUGAGAACAUGGAAGGACUCUUCUUUCCCGCUGUGAGCCUGAAUAGGAAUGUACAGGUAACACUUCAUACUGGUUUGCCAGUCCCUGAGAUCUGCACAUCCAGAACAUCUUUACAGCCUUAAAAGGUGUCGAGAAGAUUUUUUUUUUUUUCCUGUGGAUCGCCAAUUUGGACCUCCAUAAGCAGCAAGAAAAUAUUUAAUAUUUUUGCAUACACUGGAAUCGAGAGAGAAUCUACACACAAAGUGUUCCUGCCACAUAAUGGCACAAGGAAAAUAGAACAUUCAAUGUGCAUAUUUGCUUUGAUAUUUAGCACUUUCAAUUUAUUAAUCUUGAAAAGCCUGAAAUGUUAGUCACUUUUUUUUUUCUUUUUAUAUAUUUUUUGCAGUCUGAACUCUUUUAUGUAUAUAGAGGUUGUUGCUUUUCCAUUUGAAAUUUGCUGCUGUCAGUACAAAAGCCUUCAAAAGUAAACAGCAAAAUGAAACCAGAUGCCCUACUGUUAAAAUUUAUUAUUUAUACCUAUCAUAUUUAAUGGUGCUGUACCAGAGGGUAAAUAAAGAUCUAAUGCACACAACUAUACACUGAUACAGUAGCCAAAAGCUUAAAUUCUAAAGGUUACUCCUAAGAUCAAUUUGUA